ACCUUCUAGGUAGAGUCAUCACCGGUGAUGAGUCAUGGAUCGAGUACAACCCGGAGACCAAACGCCAGAGCCUUCAGUGGAAGAGUCCCACGUCACCAAGGCUGAAGACAGCAGGACAGUCGAAGUCCAAAGUCCUGUUGAUCGCAUUCUUCGAUGUGAGGAGCAUCAUCUACUUCUUUGAACAGCUGGUAAAACAAAUCAGUCGUCAACAUGGAAAGCAGAAGGUGGUUCUGGGAUAUGAUGCAGUUGUCUCCACCUGUCCUCCUGCAGGUUCGUCCUUCCUGUUUGUGAACACGUCUGGCCGAUAUGGCGGUCAGCGUGCUCAGCUGCUGCUGCCGCCGCUCAAAGAGAACGACACGCACUGCGUCAGCUUCCUGUUCUACCAGGCGGGAGGCCGCGAGGGCGCCACGCCGGCCACGCUCAACGUCUACAUCAGAGAGAACAACAGUCCUCUGGCAGUUCCAGUAUUUAACUCAUCAGGCCCCGCCUACCACAUCUGGAAGGGGGUGGAGCUUGCAGUGUCCACCUUCUGGCCCAAUCACUACCAGGUGGUGUUCGAGGCGGUCAGCACUGGCCAGAGAGGCAUCCUGGCCAUCAAGGACAUCAUGCUGCAGGGACACCAAUGCAUGAGCACGCCACACUUCCUGCACAUCAAAGGCGUGGAGGUGAACGCGGGCCAGUCGGCGACGUUCCACUGCACCGUGAACGGACGGCCGCAGAGCAACCUGCUGCUGUACCUGCAGGGGAUGGGUGGUCGUCACGCUGUCGUCAAGGAAACCAAGCCGGUGAACUCCCGGCGCUACGUGGCCAGCUUCGAUGUGGAGAACACGACUAAGGGCGACUCCGGACGCUACCGGUGCAUCGCCCAAUCGGAGCGGGGCGUGGGCGUGUCCUCCUACGCGGACCUCACAGUCAAACAGCCCCCAGUUCCGAUCGCCCCCCCUCAGCUGACCGCUGUCGGCGCCACCUACCUGUGGAUCCAACUGAAUGCCAACUCCAUCAAUGGAGACGGACCGAUCAUUGAGAGAGAGGUGGAGUACCGCACCAUGGCGGGUAUGUUGAUCGACACCACCCCUGUGGAUAAGCCCACGCAUAAGAUCGGACACCUCGACCCCGACACCGAGUACGAGAUCAGCGUUCUGCUCACCAGGCCCCUGGAGGGCGGUACCGGAAACCCUGGACCGCCACUCAGAGCCAGGACCAAGUGUGCAGAUCCGAUGCACGGCCCGCAGCACCUCGAGGUUGUUGACAUCCAGUCCAAACAGGUGACGGUGCGAUGGGAACCGUUCGGAUACAACGUGACCCGCUGCCAUAGCUACAACCUCACAGUGCAGUACCGCUACCGGCCAGCAGGGGCCCCCAGCAGGGAGCCGCUGAAGAACGAGCUGCGGGAGGAAGUGGUGUACGACACGCUGAGCAACAUGCCGCAGCACACCGUACGUAACCUUCCGCCGUUCACCAACGUCAGCCUGAGACUUGUCCUGACCAACCCUGAGGGCCGCAAGGAGAGCGAGGAGCUUCUGGUGCUGACGGACGAGGACGUUCCUGGCGCGGUUCCUGUGGAGUCGAUCGUUGGCAGCAGCUACGAGCAGCAGAUCAGCCUGAGCUGGGGGGAGCCACUGCAGACCUACGGCCUCAUCCGGCAGUACGAGAUCUCCUACAAGGCUCUGAGCUCCUUCGACACAGAGUUCGACCUGUCCAAUCAGAGCGGCAAGGUGUUCAAACUGGCCAAUGAGACGAGCCAUAUGUUCGCUGGCCUGUCUCCAGGCUCCACCUACUCCUUUACAAUAAGAGCCUCCACCGUGAAGGGCUUCGGCCCUCCGGUCAUCACACAGUUCACCACCAAGAUCUCAGCUCCUCUGAUGCCGGCGUACGAUCAGGAGUCUCCUCUGAACCAGACCGACUCCACCGUCACCGUCCUGCUGAAACCGGCUCAGAGCCGAGGAGCUCCCGUCAGUAAGUACCAGGUGGUGGUGGAGGAGGAGCGCCCUCGCAGGCAGAGGAGAGGUACUGCAGAGAUCCUGCGCUGUUAUCCAGUCCCCAUCCACUUCCAGAACGCCACGCUGCUCAACUCGCAGUACUACUUCAGUGCCGAGCUGCCGAUGAGCGACCUGAGGGUGCCGAUUCCCUUCUGUGUUGGUGACAACAGGACCUACAGUGGUUACUGGAACGCUCCUCUGCUGCCACAUAAGAGUUAUGGGAUCUACUACCAGGCUGUCAGCACUGCGAAUGGGGAGACAAAGAUCGACUGUGUUCGAGUCGCCACCAAAGCUGCUAUAAUCGUCACCCAGCUCACUACGCCGUACAUUCGCAUCGCUCCGGCCGCUGGAGACAAGCAGCUCACAGGAGCUGCGACCAGAAAACCAGAACCUGAGCAGGAGAAGCAGUCGGAUCACACGGUGAAGAUCGCUGGAUCGAUUGCAGGAGUCCUGCUCUUCAUCAUCAUCUUCCUCGGGGUCAUCUUGCUGAUGAAGAAACGACGAAGAAAUUAUCACUCCUACACUUACUACCUGAAACUGGCCAAGAAGAGGAAGGAAACUCUGAGCUCCAGACAGGAAAUGACACUGAUGGUCAACAACUCCCAACACACAACCAUGGUGGACACACACACCGUGAACGGACGGACUGUGUCAUCUCCGUCGUCCUUCACCCUGAAGACCAACACCAUCAGCACCACCGUCCCCAACUCCUACUAUCCAGACGACAGCCACACCAUGACCAGUGAAACCAGUAGCCUGGUCCAGUCCCACUACAAGCAACGCGAGUCGGAGCGGGAGGCGCUGCCCUACCAGACAGGUCAGCUGCACCCGGCCAUCCGGGUCGCCGACCUGCUGCAGCACAUCACCCAGAUGAAGUGCGCCGAAGGUUACGGCUUCAAGGAGGAGUACGAGAGCUUCUUCGAGGGACAGUCGGCUCCGUGGGAUUCUGCCAAAAAAGACGAGAACCGCAUGAAGAAUCGCUACGGCAACAUCAUCGCCUACGAUCACUCUCGUGUGCGUCUGCAGCCUCAGGACGGAGACGGCGGCUCUGACUACAUCAACGCCAACUACGUCGAUGGCUACCACCGGCCGAACCACUACAUCGCCACGCAGGGGCCCAUGCAGGAGACAGUGUAUGAUUUCUGGAGAAUGGUUUGGCAGGAGAACACCGCCGCCAUUGUUAUGGUAACCAACCUGGUGGAAGUGGGGCGGGUGAGUAUACACACACACACACACACAGAUUCCAGUGUUCUCCUGCUGCACUCCUUCCCAGAGGUUCCACCAUCAUGGUCCUCACAGCAGAACCAGACGUCAUAUCGAAAGCAGUUCAGCUCUGAUGAGAAAGUAAACGUGAUCUGGGCUCAGGACCAAAUUAUUGAUUAUAACAGGAUCAAUAACCCGUCUCUUCCCGUGUGCCAGCUGUGUCCUCAGUACUGGCCGGAGAACGGCCUCCAUCGCCUCGGAUCGCUGCAGGUCGAGUUCGUCUCCGCAGAUCUCGAGGAGGACGUCAUCAGCCGCAUCUUCAGGAUCUAUAAUACAGCCAGGCCGCAGGACGGGUACCGCAUGGUGCAGCAGUUCCAGUUCCUGGGCUGGCCGAUGUACCGCGACACGCCCGUGUCCAAGCGCUCCUUCCUCAAACUGGUUCACCAGGUGGACAAAUGGCAGGACGAGUACGACGGCGGCGAGGGACGCACCGUGGUGCACUGCCUGAACGGCGGCGGUCGCAGCGGUGUUUUCUGCAGCAUCAGUAUCGUGUGUGAGAUGUUGCGACAGCAGCGCUGCGUCGACGUCUUUCACGCUGUUAAAACUCUGAGAAACAACAAACCCAACAUGGUGGACCUGCUGGAUCAAUAUAAAUUCUGUUAUGAAGUGGCGCUGGAGUAUCUGAACUCUGCUUAGUUCCCCUUCAUCACCUCCUGCAGCCUGACGAAGAGGAGGAGGAGGAGCAUGAGGCGGAAGAGGAGGAGGAGGAAGAGAAGGAGGAAGAGGAGGAGGAGGAGGAGCAU